ACAUAUACACUAUCAGCCUUAGCCAUUUGCAGACCUUCAACAUUUUCAUGUUUGUGUAGCAGCUUAACUUUCAUGGCCUAUGCCCAAGUUCUUUCCGCCUCCAACUCCAUCUCCUACGCCUCCGUUUCCUUCAUCAAAUUUUUUUCUUUUUGACCCAUGUCAGGUUCUGCCCCAAGGAUUCCGGCAAUCCAAAGGGUUAAGCUAUUUUGUGGUGAAUUCAAGAACCAGCCAACAUAAACAGGUUCACAUUUGUGCGGAGAUGCAAAGAGAAAGUGGUUCAGUGACAAAGGACCCCACUGGGAUAAGAGUUCCCCAUGUAUUGACUGUGGCCGGCUCCGACUCAGGGGCCGGUGCCGGAAUCCAAGCUGAUCUUAAGGCUUGUGCUGCACGUGGUGUUUAUUGUUCUACAGUUAUAACAUCUGUCACUGCUCAAAACACUGUUGGUGUUCAGGGUGUUAACAUUGUGCCCGAGGAAUUUGUUGCCAAACAGUUGAAGUCUGUGCUAUCUGAUAUGCAAGUUGAUGUGGUGAAAACAGGUAUGCUACCUUCUAUUGGUAUAGUAAAGGUCCUUCAUCAGAGUCUUAAGGAUUUUCCAGUUCAAGGUUUAGUGGUUGACCCUGUAAUGGUGUCUACAAGUGGAGAUGUUUUAGCUGCUCCUUCCGUUCUUGCAGUGUUUAGAGAGCAGCUUCUUCCUAUGGCUGACAUUGUAACCCCAAAUUUGAAAGAGGCAUCAGCUUUACUUGGUGGUCCGAAACUUGAAACAGUAGGUGAUAUGCAUACUGCUGCCAAAGCAUUACAUGAUAUGGGCCCACGAAAUGUUCUCGUCAAAGGGGGUGACCUUCCUGAUUCGUUGGAUGCUAUUGAUAUUUUCUACGAUGGUAAAAACAUCUUUGAACUGCACUCCUUGCGCAUAAAGACUCGUAAUACUCAUGGCACCGGGUGCAGUUUGGCUUCAUGCAUAGCAGCUGAGCUGGCCAAAGGUUAUUCAAUGCUUCAAGCAGUUAAGGCAGCUAAACACUAUAUUGAAGCUUCCUUGGAUUAUAGCAGGGACCUUGUCAUUGGAAAUGGCCCCCAAGGCCCCUUUGAUCACUUUCUGAGGCUUAAGAGAAACAUUCACAACAAUUAUAGGGAGAAAGGAUUUGAUCCAAGUGACUUGUUCUUGUAUGCUGUUACUGAUUCAAGAAUGAAUAAAACAUGGGGCCAUUCUAUUUCAGACGCCGUUAAAGCUGCCGUAGAAGGAGGUGCUACCAUUGUUCAACUGAGGGAGAAAGACAUUGAAACACGUGAUUUUGUAGAAGCAGCCAAAUCAUGUCUCGAAAUAUGUCGCUCACACGGAGUGCCUUUUCUAAUAAAUGACCGUGUUGAUGUUGCUCUAGCUUGUGAUGCUGAUGGGGUGCAUGUUGGACAAUCUGACAUGCCUGUUUGUGUUGCUCGUGAUCUAUUAGGCCCUGAAAAAAUCAUUGGUGUAUCGUGCAAGACCCCAGAACAUGCUGAACGAGCAUGGGUUGACGGUGCUGAUUAUAUAGGAUGUGGUGGUGUAUUUCCAACUAAUACUAAGGAAAACAAUAUUACUGUUGGGUUGGAUGGGUUGAAAAAUGUUUGUAUGGCUUCUAAGCUACCUGUUGUUGCCAUUGGUGGUAUCGGGAUUUCAAAUGCACGUUCGGUGAUGGAAAUUAACGAGCCACAGUUGAAGGGGGUUGCUGUUGUUUCAGCUUUGUUCGACAGAGAAUGUGUUAUGACAGAGACUAAGAAGCUGCAUUCAUUGCUAAAGGAGGCAACGUCUGUGAAGUGAUAAUCAAAUGUUUUGUUACUGUAAAAGCAUGAUCAUUUGAUUUCAUUGAUUCUAUUCUAUUUUGUUGUCGUUUCUUGGAGGCAAUUGUUUUAUUUUAAUUUUUGUAAGCUGUUCUCAUUUAAUUAAAGAAAAGUUGAUGUUUUAAUUUACUUUUGCUAAUAAAAGAAAAAUAGAUUUAAAUAUGAGUAA